CAUCCUGUGAUAUUACACGGCGAUUGGCGGGAGCUCUCCCUAUUCCCUAAGGCUCACUUCCUGUAAUAUUCCGCUCUGUAAAUCAGAAACUGUGCACGACUACAGAGAGAUAAACUGAAGAUGGCGACGAAUUCCAUGGUCUCUUCAAUUCUGCCCAUAACUUCCAUAAACCAUAGACGACGAAACCGAUCUACUGGUCUUACUCUUUCAUGUUCACAACAAGAAGCUUCUUCUUUGGGUGUUCAGCUUACUGAAGGAGAGGGGAAAUUACCCAAGAUUUUGCUGAAGUCUGCUCAUGGUUGUGAGGCUGAGAUUUAUCUCUUCGGUGGUUGUGUCACAUCAUGGAAAGUUGCAAGUGACAAGGAUCUCCUUUUUGUGCGGCCAGAUGCUAAAUUUGAUGGUAAAAAACCUAUCAGUGGAGGCAUCCCACAUUGUUUCCCACAGUUUGGACCUGGCCAAAUACAGCAGCAUGGGUUUGCAAGGAACAUGAACUGGUCCAUUGUUGAUUUUUCCAAUGUGGAGGGAAAUCCCAUAGUAACUCUGGAGCUCAGGGAUGCUCCUUACAGCCGUUCUAUGUGGGAUUUCAGCUUCCAAGCUUUAUACACGGUCACAUUGAAUCCGAAUAGCCUUUCAACAGAGCUGAUGAUAAAGAAUACAGAUACUAAGCCCUUUUCAUUUAAUACUGCAUUGCACACUUAUUUUCGUGGUGAUAUAACACGGGUAUCAGUAAAAGCUCUCAAGGGCUGCAAAACACUGAACAAGGAUCCAGACCCCAAUAAUCCUGUGGAAGGCAUUGAGGACAGGGAUGAGAUCACUUUUCCAGGAUUUGUGGAUUGCGUUUACCUCAAUGCCCCCAGUGAGAUAGAAUUUGACAAUGGAUUGGGUGACACAAUAUCCCUUAAGAAUACCAAUUGGUCAGAUUGUGUUCUGUGGAACCCUCAUUUGGGGAUGGAACACUGCUACAAGGAUUUUGUCUGUGUUGAAAAUGCCAAGAUUGGAAAAGUUCAACUUGAACCCGAGCAGUCAUGGGUAGCAGAGCAGCAUCUUAGCAUUAACUGAAGCAAAACUUGAUUAGUAGUUGCUAUUCUAGCUUGGGAUGGAAAAUGGAAAGAUCCAAAUUUAGAAAAUUGUUGCAUACGUUCAAGUAUAUAUGAGAUUAGUCAAUAUAAUAAUAUUCAUAGUAGUGCUCCUCUCUCCUAGUGUUUUCUUUUUAAAUUUCUGUUUGUAUCUUGUCUGGAUUGGGUGGCUCUUUAGCUUCACCCUUAGUCAGAUAGUUAAACGGAUCACCUGAUUCUCAUAUCAGGGCUACUGAUCAGUGCGGAUUACCGUCGAUUUUUAGCAGAUCAUCUAAUCUAUCUCCUACGGGAUAGCUUUUGUUAGCCUCCGACUUGUGGACGGCAACAAAGUAAGUAUUUAUGUUUAUUACUGUAAUUUCUGUUAUUCUUAUAAUAAAGUGUGUUUGUUUAGUUAAA